AUGGCUGCACAAGUACAACAAGAGAAGACUCUCGCACCGCUAGAAGAGCUUCUUCCGGAGCUAGUUCAGAAAGUCGCUACCUACUUGAGUGUGGCUGACCUGAAGUCUCUGCGGUUAUCUACACGGUACAUGACAGACAUACUAGCAGGGCAGACGUUCACAAAAGUUACUCUGGCUUCGAAUUAUCGCUCUGUCGAGCGAUUGAGUGCUCUUCCCACCAAGAUCAGAGGUUGCAUCAAACAUGUGGUCUUCGACAUGUCCUACAUAUACAAGGAGCACAAAACAAUCUAUGAUUCCGAGCCUCGAUGGCGAAACGCCUUCGCUCGUUGGAAUUGCCUUGCGGAAGAUUGCUGCGCGACAAAUCCCGAUGGCACUCCCUUUUUUGCAGCCACGCAGUUCCUGUCAGACUUCAAACAGCUGGAGAAUGUUCGCAAGGUCACAAUCACUACAGCUGAUACCGGAAGGUGGACCAGAUACCGCGGAACACACGACUUUGGCGAAGACACGGUCUUCUAUCAGAUCCUGGAUGCAAUUCGGCAGCUUAAGCAACCGCUAUUGGAGCUCAGCAUGGUCACAUGGAGGAUGAACUCGAUGACCUUCGAUAUGUUCAGAGGCUACGAGAGCAUCGCCGACAAGCAGGGUCAAACACCUAUGCAAAUUCUGAGCAGGUUGAGACACCUCAGUCUGCAAUUGCACUACGGAGAGGAUGAACACCUGCUGUCAGUCUCGACAAACCUCCGGGAUACGCUGCGUCUUAUGUCCGAGACCCUGCAAACGCUCAGCAUUGCAAUCCUUGCCCAAGGUUACAGGUAUCAAGCUCGUCCGGAGAUUUGUGCAUGA